CCUCUGAUAGGUGGACAUCUGCAUCGAGCCUCCUCCCUCACAUUCCUCCCCCCUCUUCUCCUCCUCCUCCUCCCUCCCUGCCUCCCUCGGUCUUCAUCCUUCCUUCACCAUCUCCGCUCUCUCGCUCUCUCUCCUCUCCAGUCGUGGUUACUAUAGGUGAGGUGGCCGUAUAAAUCCCUGAGUGUGCGCACAUCUCAUCCUCAGAGGAGAAUGGCAAAGCAGCAUCAGGAGGAGGAGGAGCAGGUGUAGGCACGAGAACAACAAGCCGUGUUUACUGUUCACGGGGAAACGCGCAGACGAAGACGCGCACUUCCACGCAGCCCUCUUUCAGGCGCAGAAGCCUCACUUGGACGCAGAGAGAAGAAGGAGGAGGAGGGGAGGUGUGGAUGCUGAGUGCACAGAAAGGAAGAAUUAUUAUUAAACGGUGGAUGUUAUUUAGACUGAAUCCUGAACCAAAGUGGAAUACGCUAUUGCCUUCACCGGGGAUGGAGUGAAGCUGUCGACACUGAGCUCCCUCUUCGCUACUUGUUUGGAUGACAGCAGUUCCUCAUGGCCCUCGUUCAUGAACCUCGUGCCCCAUCUCCUUCUCUCUCUGGCUUCAACUCACCGCUCUCUGACCCGCCAUCUUUUCGGCGGCUCGACGCAGAAACACCAUGCACGCCAGAAAUGGAUCUGACCCCGACUCAGUGCGUCCUUCGCAACGUCCUCUCCAUAGACACUGGAGGGGAUGUUGAGCCCAGGGACGGAGGAGGAGAGGGUCAGACUGCUGGACACAACCACACGCCAGGAGAAGAACAACAGGAGCACUUUGCCAACAGUGUCCUGAAGCUCCAUGAGCAUGAUGGGAGCUGUGGAAGGACCGAGGGAGAGGGGCAGGAGCCGGACAGCAGCACAGUCAGGAGCCAGGCGGAUGCUGCCAGGUUACAUUGCCAGUCUACCGGAGGAGGUGGAGGGUUUCUGGAGGGGUUGUUUGGCUGUCUGCGGCCCGUCUGGACAAUGAUUGGCAAAGCCUACUCCACAGAGCACAAGCAUGUCCUGGACGAGGCAUGGGAGGUCCCAUUCGAGGAAAUAUCGGACCUACAGUGGGUGGGCAGUGGAGCGCAAGGCGCCGUCUUCCUGGGUAAACUCCAUGCACAGGAAGUGGCGGUAAAGAAAGUGAGAAAUAUCAAGGAGACCGACAUCAAGCACCUGCGCAAGCUCAAGCACCCCAACAUCAUCACGUUCAAAGGUAUUUGCACACAGGCUCCAUGUUACUGCAUCCUCAUGGAGUACUGUGCCCAGGGGCAGCUGUACGAGGUGCUGAGAGCGGGCAGGAAGAUCACUCCAUCCCUUCUCAUGGACUGGGCCAUGGGCGUCGCUGGUGGCAUGAACUAUCUCCACCUACACAAGAUCAUCCACAGAGACCUCAAGUCACCGAACAUAUUGAUCACCUACGAUGACUCAGUGAAGAUCUCUGACUUUGGCACGUCCAAAGAGCUCAGUGACAAGAGCACCAAGAUGUCCUUCGCUGGGACGGUGGCCUGGAUGGCUCCUGAGGUCAUUCGAAACGAACCUGUCUCAGAGAAGGUGGAUAUUUGGUCGUUUGGUGUUGUGAUGUGGGAGAUGCUGACAGGAGAGGUGCCCUACAAGGAUGUAGACUCUUCCGCAAUCAUCUGGGGAGUGGGCAACAACAGUCUGCAGCUGCCUGUACCUGAAAGCUGUCCAGACAGCUUCAAGCUGCUCCUGAGGCAAUGCUGGAACUGCAAGCCAAGGAACAGGCCGUCAUUUCGACAGAUUCUCCUCCAUCUGGACAUUGCCUCAGCUGACAUGUUGUCCACUCCACAAGAAACCUACUUUCAGUCUCAGGUGGAGUGGAGGGAUGAGGUGCGGCACCACUUUGAGAAGAUUAAGUCUGAGGGGACGUGUCUUCACAGGUUGGACGAGGAGCUGAUCAAAAGACGCAGAGAAGAACUGAGACAUGCACUGGACAUCCGGGAGCACUAUGAGAGGAAACUGGAGAGAGCCAACAAUCUCUACAUGGAGCUAAACGCGAUCAUGCUGCAGCUGGAAAUCAAAGAGAAAGAACUGCUCAAGAGGGAGCAUUCACUGGACAAGAAGUACCCGGGCUGCUUCAAGCACCACAGUUCCAGACAGUCGGCCUCCUCCAACUCGAUGGAGAAACUCAUGAAGAAACGCAACGUACCUCAGAAACUGCCGUCAUAUAGCAAGAGACCAGACUUACUAAAGUCAGAAGUCAUCCUUCCCAAACUGGACUCGUCCAUGACCCAGGUCACAAUACCCAACAAAGGUUCUACCUCCCCUGGACGCUCACGCAGAGGAAAACCCCGCUACAGAAAAGCUGGGAAAGGCAGCAGUGGGGAUUUGGCUCAGCUAAAAGCCACCCUGUCUUCAUCUUUAGCAAUGGUCAAUGUCACCUCAUCUGUUCCCAGCAGCAAGCAUCAUCUAGACCCCAGUGCAGCCAUCAGAGGCCUGCAGCAUGACCUGCUACUCAAAAAAAUGUCCUCCUCCAGCCCUGAUCUCAUUUCAACCACGCUGGAAGCCGAAGGGCGGAGGAAGGGACAGAUGAGGCCAGGGCUGGACAGAGCGGGCAGUCAGAGUGCCUCAGCUGGUCUGGGGGAAAGCAGAAGUACUGGAGGACCAGAGGAGCGGACGGGUGUGGAUGUAGUAAAUGAUGACUUGGCAGAAACGCCUCCACGCAGUGACACGCCCAGCGAAGACGCAGCUUCCAUCCCGUUCUCCAGCAGCCCGGACUCGCCGUGUGGCAGGGGAGCCGCCGCAGGGAGGGCGUCUGUGCUCGGCAGCCCCCGCGUUCCCCACGACAGUGAGGAGAAGGAGGAAGGAACAGUGAUCACGCGCUCACCCAGAAGUCAACGUCUCACACCUGCAGCACUUCUCUACAGGGCAGCAGUUACACGCAGUCAGAGACGUGGCGUGUCCUCAGAGGAAGAAGAAGGCGAAGUGGACAGUGAAGUGGAGUUGCCAAGAAGACGGCGUCCUGUGAGCAUGACCAAAUGCCAGUCCCUGUCCACGUUUAGCUCCGAGAACUUGUCUGUCUCGGACGGCGAGGAGGGAAACACCAGUGACCACUCCCAUAGCGGCACACCAGACGUGGUCAGCACCAACACAGACGAGCGUCUGGAUGACAAGAGCGAUGACCUACUCUCUCAGGGUUCAGAGAUUCCCGCCGACCCAUCUGACCCGACCCAGCUGGGCUCUGACGGGCUGUCUGAGAAAGAAGCUGUCCUACGACAAGUCAAGACCCAGCUGGCUUCAAAUGACCACAAUUAUGAGGGCCUAUAUGAUGAUUCAGACUGUGACAGUGCAGAGCUGGAUCAUUCAGGCUGUACGGAGCCCAACCAGCCUCCAACCAACUGGUGAAAACCCAACACCUCAGCCCACUCAGACACUCACUGGCCUCUUUCCCUAUCACGAGACGUUAGAAAACACAAGAGUCGUGAUCAGGGACAUUAGAGAGGGUCAGGGAGGGAAGGACUGUCUCCUUCAUUUUGAGCUGCAUCACAAAACAAAUACUUGGAAAAAACGGUUGUGUGGGAUCAAAACUCCUGAUACCCUGGGAACUGAAUCACACUCUAUUUGAGAUAAACGCAUCAUGGGGAUUUGAAACUAAAUCGUGGCACCAGCCAAGCUGACGGGGCAGCUGCUUUCUCUGCUCCUUCCACCGCAACUGGUCCAAGACCAGCUCUGCAGAAACACAUCGAACAACACCUCAGUGACAGAGGCCUCGGUCAAAAGAGGCCGUCUACACAAACACGUUAUCCAUGUCUGUUGUAAUGUCCCACGUUCAUUUUUAUGUCUUUAUUUCUGUCAUAUCCAUUUAUGUUGAGAACACGUUCAUGAACUCCAACCAGGGCUCAUUGUCAUUUGAAAACUUCACCGUUACUUGACACCCACCGAUGCUACUUGCACUUAAGUUAUGAAAUUGUCCAAUGUCCUUGAGAUGAUUGUGUCAUAUUCUCUGAAAUCAUUAUGCACUAAUUUAUUAUUUAUUUACAGUGAAUUUAUUGACAUUUCUUUUUUUAAAAUUCCCUUUUUCAAAAAAAAGGGAAGUUUACAUUUUUCCAUGUGUUGUUUACAUUUGUAACUCGGAUUAUGUUGCCAUUUUCUACUUCUGUGUUUUAAUAUAGAUGUAAAUAUGUGACGCUGUACAAUGAACAAAUUUUUAAAAUGUGAGAUUGUAUAAUUUAAAGGUGCUGAUGUUUCUAAUUAGGUGGAGCUAAUCUAUUUGAACCUCAAACAAAAAAAAGCUUAUGGUAGUAGAAUGUACUGUAGCUGCUGUUCAUGUCUGAGCAUCGAAACAGAGACGGAAGAGGAACAACAACGACAAAAAGCAAUAUGUCUGCUGUAGUACAGUAUGUCCUGUCAUAUCACAGGUCAACAGGAACCACAUCUGGGACCUUUCAAUUCUGAAAAAUUAGUAUUGCAGUGUUUAUUGUAUUAAAACAAUACCGGUUCUGAAAUCAUUUUCUGAGCAUCAAGGUGUGUAUAUAUCAUCAAAAACUGCACAGUAUGAAAAUGACAAACCUGCAGAAAUGAAAAAUGCACUCCAAGUACUACUUAACAUGGAAAGCAUUUGGGCCGUUAAUACAGAUCUCAAAACGUGAAAAAUUAUGCCUGCGUUUCUGGUUUUCUGCCAUUAUUCAACCAUGCAAGUUGGCACAACAUGUGCUAAUACAGAAGAGGAAAUUAUUCUUUAAGGGAGAGUUACAAGCAAGUAACCCAUUUGUUCUAUGCUGAUGAUUUUAGUAUUGUUAUAUUUAGUAUGUAAACGUGGCUUCCUAAACAUCAGUGGGUAAAAAUACCCAACAUUUUAAAAGCCAACAUUUCUACCCACCCCAAUAUCAGGUCUGUGAUGUGACAAUUUCCCCUGCUUUAACAUAGAAGCUGAAGAUUUCCAAGUCCAGUGUGGUUCAUCAGUAUAAAAAGGAAAAUUAGAUGCUAGUCCUAAUAAGCUGAAAAAAUGUCCAGCAGGCCAUUUAUUUACAUAGGUUUGAGGCCUCCUCUAUAUUUGGUAUGACGUUAAAGACUGUGAUGCAUUUGGUUUAAUCUGACUGUAUAGUGGCACAAGAUCUUCAAUUUAUAACUGAUCAGGUCAAAAUCAAUAAGCUAAAAAUGGCAGCUUUUUUAUUUAUGUUUUUAAACCGAUUGAGCCCCAAGAUUUAAAGCUGAAAAUCCUCAUGCAGGAGAACAAAUGUUGCCAAAAGCAAAACUACUGCCCUCUAGUGUCUCGAACGUAGAGGUACUCGUUCCCUUUGAUGCUGAUCAAUACAACCCAGUAUGACAUGCAAUGUUUGCCUUUUAUACUGCAUAAGUGUAACUGUACAAUAAAUAUAUUUAACAAUUUAAAAUAAAAAAAUCAUGCUCGUAAAAUUUCAA